AUGGCGCGCAUCGCCCCGGUGAGUUACGUGUGCUCUUGGGUGCAGUGUGCACCCAUUCUUUGUUUUUUGUUUGUGUGCGGCGAGGUUUUCCGGCAGAGCUUCGUUUCAGGUGAGGCGGAGCAGAUCGACCCGUCGCUGCGGACGACGCUGGAGGGCCUCCCAGCUGACAUUCUCUCUAUCCUCCCACCCUGGUCCUCUUGUGCCUCUGCCUCCCCCGACUCCAUUUUUGCAGGAGCGAGCUGCCUCUUGGAGGCGCACGCCUUGGAGGCCGUGCGUGACCGUCACACCUCUCCCUUGCACCUUGCCCGUUUGACUUCCCUUCAGGGCGGAGGUGCAGGAGCGUGGCUGCAGGCGGUACCGUACGCAGACUCCCUGCGCAUUCCGGAGGCGCAGUGGCAGGUGGCUUCAUCAUGUCGUCUUGGUCUCCCUGUCCCCCAGUUAGCCCUCGCAGGUCAGUGUUCCUGUGGGCAGGCGAUCGACGACAUGACCGUGCCUCACCACGCGGUGCGGUGUCCACGGUUCAGCGUCGCCACUACUAUCCACGAUACGGUGAAGUUCAUGCUUCGAGACUUUGCAGUCGAGGCGGGCUUCGCGGUGAAGGUGGAGGACUCCACGCUGUUCACACACCUGGAGGCAGCUCGAGCGAGACUGCAGGGACAGCCAGGGGUGGGAGAGGGGACACGGGUGAGGGGACCUCUGGAGCAGGGGAGCGAGGCGGGACAGCCGGGCGGCGGGGGGCAGUGGGGACAGCAUCAGCUGCGGGGUCGGUUGGCGCGAGGGGCAGGCGGGCAGAGGGGACGGCAGGGAGAGCCGACCAGGCAGGGCGGGGAGGGGGGCCAGCAGAGGCAGCAGCACGAGAGCCAGCAGAGGUCGCAGGCUCUGGGUGCCACGCCUCCGGGUUUGGGCUUGGGGUUGGGUCAGGGGCGAGAGCAGCGGAGAGGGGACGAGGGCGCGGGAGGGGGAGGGGAGGAUAAGGGAGUGAGAGAGGCAGCAGGGGAUCGAGCAGAGGGGUUGGGGGGGUUGGGGGAGGGUAGAGAGGAGGAGGGGAGAGGACAGGGGGGUGGAGGAGAGGAUAGGGGGAGAGAGACGACAGGAGAGGGGACACCGAGGGACCAGACAGGGCAGCAGCCCGCGCAGCAGCAGGGAGCAGCCGGACGCACAGGCUGGGUAGGCACCUCCUCCCGCAUCCCAGACCUCACCUGCCGGGACAUGGGGCAGACUCUGAUGGUCUUGGUGGAUGUUUCCAUAGCGGAUCCACAGCGGGAGGGGAACGUGCAGCUGAGACGGGCGACCCCCACACAGAUUGGAGUGGCAGCAGCUAGGCGGGUGCAGGAGAAGCUGCGUCACUGGGGGCCGCACUUAGAGGGGUUGCAGCCGGCUCCAGAGUUUUAUGCGUGCGUAGCUGAGACUUUCGCGCUACUGAGCGAGCCGUUGCGACAGUUCCUAGUGCUCUGCGCGAAGAGGAUAGCACAGCGGAGGAGGGAUUUGGGAGGGGGGGAAGAUGGAUCGGCACGGAUAUUCGAGACAGGACUUACUACACGUCUCUCCGUGGCACUGCAGCGCGCGCAGGCUCAAUGCAUCAUCCAGCAUGCAGUGCGGCAGUUGGGGGGAUCCGACGAUGGGUGGAUGCCCGCACCAGUUCCUUUGGGUGCGGGGCAGGGUACUUGGCACCACAUCAUAGGUCACACCCCCUGCCCCCUCGUGCCAUCCGCUCCCCCCGCCCCUACCCUCCGUGUGCCCGCUCCCUCGCUGCCUCUUUUGACCCUCCCUGCCCCCCCUUGCCGUUUCCCACCGCCCGCCGUUCGUUCGUCCCCGCCCGCGCCCUCCCCUCGUUUACCUUCCCCUCCCCCCUCCCCCCCUCUGCUGCACGCUUCUUCCUUCCCCUCGUUAAGCUACUCCACUCCCUGCCUCUCCCCAAUCCGCACCCCACCCCUCGUCCCCGGCCCCUCUGCGCUCGGUGUCUCCCCUCCCUGCACCUCGCUGCUUUUCUCCGCUCCCCUCCUCCCCCCUCUCCCUGCACCUCCACUCUCCCCCCCUUGCCCUUGGCUUUCCACCUCCCUGCCCCACGUUUCCCCCCUCCGUGUGCUCAGCUUCUCCCCUCCCUGCCUCUCCCUCCUCCCCGCCCUGCCCCUCGUUUUUCACCCCCCCACGCCCGGUUUCCCCUCUCCCUGCACCUCCCUUGCUUUCUCCGUGCCUCACCUCCCCUCUUCCCUCCCUUCCCCUCCCUUCCUUCCCCCAUGCCCUUUGCUUUCCCCUUGCUACGCCCCCCUUCUCCCCCUCCUUGCUGCCCCCUUCUCCCCCUCCUUGCUGCCCCCUUACUACCAUUAG